AUGGCAGCCCAAGAGGCAAUCCCCGUAUUCACCAACCUUAAGGAGCUCUAUGGAAGCUUAGGAACUUCCCUCAACCACGCCGAACGAUGGAGCAACCUUGCAGACGAAUUCGAGAAGCGGUUUGGCAAGAAACCGACCUAUAUCGUCAGAGCUCCGGGACGAGUAAAUCUCAUCGGCGAACACAUCGAUUACGCCCUAUUCGGCGUCCUCCCUGCUGCUAUCGAACGCGAUAUCCUCAUCGCGUGUGCCCCUCGCGAAAUCACCCCGAAUUCGCCCAAAGAAGAGACCCACCAUGCACCUGGCAGUGUGGUCGCAGAGAACUUGCAGCCGAAAUACACACGACAAGUCUUUGCUCCACAGCCAAAAGUAGCGACAGAAGACGUUCACGUCGAAGGCUGGCAUCUAGACAUACCGAAGGAACUCAGAUGGGAGAACUAUGUCAAAGCGGGAUAUUAUGGCGUACUGAAUGAGCACUUCACUGGUUCGGCUGAGCAUCCAAUGCCAGUUGACAUGCUGGUCACUGGUACCGUACCUGCUGGUUCUGGACUGUCCUCCAGCGCUGCGAUGGUUGUUUCUAGCACCCUUACCUUCCUUGCUAUCAAUGGCAAACUUAAACCUGGCUCGGAAACGAUCACCAAGGGAGAUCUAGUCAAACUUGCUAUGGAGAACGAAAAGCGUGUCGGAGUUAACAGUGGCGGAAUGGACCAAGCAGCCUCCGUCAUGUCAGUACCGUCAUCAGUCCUGUACAUCACAUUCUAUCCAUCCCUCACCGCUUCACCAACACCCUUGCCUAGCGGUGCUGUGCUUGUUUGCGCUCACUCGCUGAAAGUAUCCGACAAAGCUCUAACCGCGGAGAGAGGUUACAACCUUCGUGUUGUAGAAACUUUGGUCGGAGCUCGCGUUCUUGCAAGGACUCUCCAGGUCGAUGUUGGCCCCAAAGAGAAGAUCACACUGCGAGAAGUUGUGGGCCGCUACCUUUCGGAGACGGAUGUUGGGAAAGGUGGCAAAGGGAUGGAUGAAGGGGCACUGAUCGACGUGCUAGGCAAACUAGACCAAGCGGUGGAGUCGCUGAAGCCACAGGGCACAACACAUCCCAAGUUCGGUGCUACUAUGGAGGAGAUGAUCGAGCUUUCUGGGCUGAGUGCAGAAGAUUUCCAUGAAAUCUAUCUUUCGUGGGUGAAGGUCGACGCCACACAUUUCAAGCUUUACAAACGCGCAAAGCAUGUCUUUUCAGAAGCCCUUCGCGUCUUACAGUUCCGCAAGCUUUGUCUUGAUACUGCAGCCAGAAGCACGGAAGAGAACAAUCUGACGAUACUGAAGGAGCUCGGUCGGUUGAUGAAUGAGUCGCAAACUAGCUGUGCCCAGGACUUCGAGUGUUCGUGCGAUGAGCUCGAUCAGCUAACGCAGAUUGCACGGGACGCAGGGGCUUAUGGGAGUCGACUGACUGGCGCUGGGUGGGGUGGUUGCACAGUCUCCCUGGUUCCUGAAGAUCAAGUUGAAGCUUUCAUCAAGAAAGUCGCGGCCGCUUAUCCGCCUUAUAAGGGACUUGAAGGUGAGGCGUUGAGUGAGGUCUUGUUUGCUACGAAGCCGAGUGUUGGCGCGUGUGUUUACAAGUUUUGA